GACUUCGCUCAGGCAGCGAGGCGAUAAGCGCUCCGGAUCAGAAAGUGAAGUUCGUGGUACUUGCCGAGUCCGGAUUCCUCCCGGCACCCGCGAUAGACAAGUCGCUUCGUGUUUUCCGAGUUAACCGCUGCAGCGAGGCACUUUUGCCGGCAGGAGUCAGAUUCAGAUCGCAGAGGGAAGGGAAGCAGAAACAUGGAUCUGAGUUCAGGGAUUCAAAAAGUCUCAAUUACCCAUCAACCAUCAGGAAGAGGUGCACCUUGUUUGAAAUGCAGAGAAAAGUGUGCUGGUUUUGAACCGCAUUCUUGGAGGAAAAUAUGCAAGUCAUGCAAAUGUAGCCAGGAAGAUCACAGCCUGAGCAAUGACGCAGAAGAUGAUCGGAAAAUUGGCCGCUUGCUUGCUGAUUCGAAAUAUUCUUCACUAACUGCUCGGGUAAAAGGAGGAGAUGGAAUCCGCAUCUAUAAAAGGAAUCGCAUGAUUAUCACUAAUCCUAUAGUAUCACGGAAAGAUCCAACUUUUGACACCAUUACAUAUGAAUGGGCUCCACCUGGAUUGACUCAGAAACUGGCUACCCAGUAUAUGAGUUCAAUUUCAAAGGAAAUGCAACCAGUGGCUGGCACAGAAGGUGCUUAUUAUCGUCGUCGAAGGUUGAUGAGGCAACUUCCUCUUUAUGAUCAGGACCCUUCCCAAUGUCGGGGCCUUUCGGAGAAUGAAAUCAAGCUGAUGGAAGACUUUAUAAAGCGAUAUAAAGACAAUGUUCUUGGAGUUGGAGAGGUUGCACUGCUAGGUCAAGGGGGAGCUACCAAAGAAGAAGGGAAGCAAUCUGAUAAAAACAUUCCUGCGAGUCAGGAAGCAGCUUCAACCAAUGGCACGGUGGGCCAUCUAUCCAAAGGGCAGGACUUGUGCUGUGACUUCUGCAGGCAGGUGCUACCUGCUGAUUGUCCAGUUGUGUACGCAGACCGAGCCGGCUACGAUCGCCAGUGGCAUCCAGCGUGCUUUGUGUGUUCUAAGUGCUCUGAACCACUUGUUGACUUGAUCUACUUCUGGAACAAUGGGGCCCUCUUGUGUGGACGCCAUUACUGCGAUAGUGUGCGGCCACGCUGUACAGCUUGCGAUGAGAUAAUAUUUUCUGAAGACUACCAGCAAACUGAAGGCCUUACUUGGCAUAAGCAACAUUUCACCUGCCUGGAAUGUGAGACCUUGCUGGCUGGCAAACCAUUCAUCCUGGAUGCAACCAGCCUGCGGUGUACCCCUUGCAGUAAAAACAAGCUCCCUUAAAUGGGGUGUUAUUUCAAUGCCUGAUAUUUCUGUGUGUUCUGACUCGGAACGGACUCAUUGGGACAAAAGUGGUGGGGAGGGUUUAAGUCAAAAAAGUUGCAUCUUAAGGAUUUAGACCACUAAGGUUAUUUGCAAUCAAGUAAUUACAGGAAAUGAGAUAGGAAAUGAUAAUGCAGUAGGUGAGGAAUGGAAUGUUCUCAGCCUUUCAGGAAAGACUUUAAACAUAACCAAAUGUACUGAAAACUAGGCCCCAUUAUGUUAAAUUAUUUCAACUUUGGCAUAUUACAAAAACAACUACUCCAGGAGGUUUAGAAAUAUAUAAUUCAUUAUGCUGCCAGGUUUUGCUGUUUUUUGUUUUUUGUUUUUUUGUUUUGGUUACCAAAGGGCUACAUUUGUAAAUUAAAUAUCACACACAAAACUAUAGCCCACAAAUAAGUAGUUUUAGAGAUAUGCAUGGAAUGAUAUAGUGGGAAAACAGAACCCCCAGUAUCUGCAAGAGAAGGCCUUCGCUUCCCCCAUGCAUUGUAACACAUUACCUCCAAGAAAUGUGAUUACAGUUUGAAAAAUAGAUUAUAUAAGAAAUGGGUUGACAGCUUAAAGAACUUGAAACCAGAAUGGAUUGUGGGGGAUCUUUGGGAAAAUGUAGGUUACAAUGAAUGUUUUAAAAAAAUGCUACCUAGAAGUAUUGUUAAAACAAAAUAUAUGUUUGAUGAGCUUUCUGGGUUAUACAUGUAUUCAAAAUUUUGAUGAUUUUAUUCUGUCCCAACUUUUUUUUUUUUCCCUCUCAUUUUGGAGGUGAAACAGAUGGAAAUACUUCACUCUAAUGCAUUUAGGAAUCUCCUAUGUGGAACAGUCUUUUUAUCAACAGCCACAUGGAGGGAGUAAA